CGUUUCUUCAUCACUUGGACCCCGCGGGCUUCAAUCGCAUGCGCACACAACCGACUACUCUCGGAAUUGCUAUUCUCAAGGCCGCCUGUACUGCUAAACCCACGUUCCCCUGCUGUAAAUAUUCGACGUCGCAAGUCAAUCAACCGCAAAAAGCUACUUUUCUUCCCUUCUCGCAGAGACCCCGUCGUUAUGGCGCGGGGCAAGUGGAUAGACAAGAAGUCGGCGACGCACUUUACGCUGGUGCACCGACCUCAAAAUGACCCCCUCAUCCAUGACGAAUCCGCACCAUCCAUGGUGCUCAACCCAACACAACUGCCAAAUGCAUCCGCCAAGGGCAAGAAGUUGGAUGAUCUGGCAUCCGAGCUCGGCUCUGAUGCCCUGAGCAUACGUGACAACGAAGGCGAGGCCGCCAAUCAUGGCAUCUAUUUCGACGAUACGGAGUAUGACUACAUGCAGCACAUGCGCGACCUCGGCAGCGGAGAGGGCGAGGUCGUCUUUGUCGAAGCAAAGCUCGGUCAGAAGGAAGGAAAGGGCAAGCAGAAGCAGUCACUCGAGGAUGCACUGCGCGAGAUGGAUCUACAGCACCGCUCGAGCGAUCUGCUAGACGCAGAUAUCCUGCCGACUAGGGACCUGCCCAGGGCCACCUACCAGUCUCAGCAGGACGUCCCGGACGCCAUCGCCGGUUUCCAGCCCGAUAUGGACCCGAGGCUCCGCGAGGUUCUCGAAGCCCUGGAGGACGAGGCGUACGUUGACGAGGAUGGCGAUGAUGACAUCUUCCAGGCACUUGCAAAGGAUGCGAAGGAGCUGAACGAACACGAAUUUGAGGAUGAGUUUUACGACGACGAAGAGGGCUGGGAGUCUGACGCUACCGCGAAGCCCGGCAAGGAGCUCAACGAUGGUGAUGGCGAAGCCCCACAACUGGUCAGGACAGGCGAGCAGUCAGCCGAGGGACCCUCGCAGGGAUGGAUGGAAGAUUUCAAGCAAUUCAAGAAAGACCAAGGCAGCGAGAGGAGACCAGGUGCGGCGGCACCUCGGGUGGGAGCCGCGGCGCCGUCGGAGCUGCAGUCCUCACUCUGGACGACAACAACGAGCGGCGGCCGGCGCAAGAAGCGCAAGGGCGCGCUAACAGACAAGACGGGGCACUCGAUGACCUCGGCAUCUCUGGUACGGACCGAGGGGCUUACCCUCCUCGAUGCCCGGUUCGAACGGAUCGAGGAGGAGUACACCACAGACUUUGGUGACGACGAGCUCGGUUCCGUUGUGUCUGGGAUGUCAACGGCGUCGAGCGUGCAGGGACCGAUGCGGUCGGAUUUCGACGGCAUCCUGGACGACUUCCUUGGCGCGCAGCCGAAUAGAGGAGGGAAGAGGGGAAAGAAGCACUACAAGGGUGGUCUGGCGGAGCUAGAGGAGAUUAGGAGGGGUCUUGGGCCGGCGAGGAUCUCAACUCGGUGAUGAAAUCGAAAGAAAUUUGUGUCGGAUGACUUGGGUGGGCCAUAGACCUCAAGAUCUUGUGAUUACGAAGCCAAUCCUUUUUCCUAGCUACGGCGAUGUUGAGGGUACGGAAGAUCCUGCUCGGUGUGAAAGGAGUUGUAGCCGGGGUAGCGGCCCUGUGGUGUAGGCAUUAUGCUAUAGGCGCUUGUUAAGGGGCACCUAGGCGCCGUGCCGCACGUAAGUGCCCCUUCCUUAUGAUGGAGAUCUUACGAUCUGGGCCAAAGCCAAACCCACACCAUGAAGGCCAAGAUCGCCAGGACCCGCGCAGUUAAUAAUCGUUAAAAGGCGUCAGACGGAUGCUAGAAUCCCCUCUGCUUCCUUUUACGUUCAAGUAGAAUCUCCGUUCGUAGUGCUAAUAGACAGUACCCUUUUGUGGUCUCGUCC